AUGGAGAAGGAGACGACGGAUGAAGCGCGGGAGGGCGCAAAAUGGCAGUACUAUUAUGGCCAGUUGAAGACGCUGCUCAAGACGGACCCAGUGUUCAAGAUGUUAAGGCCCAAGGUGAUUGGUCCUCUGGAUAAGCCGAUCUCGGUCCCACUUCACGGGACCAACAAAGUCGACGAGAUCAAUGUGAUUUUGCAGAUGUUGGACGACAUGGGUAUCUGCCCUGACGCUUUUGAUGGAGAUGAACUGCUGAGUUGCAGCUUGGAACAGUUGAAGGACGCGGCGAACGAGUUUGUAGAGAUCAUGAUAAUGCUGGUGGGCAAAGCGAAUACUCCUGAAGACAAGAUCGGGACGCCCUCGGGCUCGCUCUGA